GUUAUGUAAGUAUUACUACUGCAGCAUGCAAGCAGAAAUAUACAAGACUUUGGCCUUCACUCAUCUGCAUGAGUGAUUUUAAAGAAGGUACAUCACUUUUGUGCUGACAGAGCUAGCACACACAGAGACUAAAAUGCCUGGAACUAAAAUGAGUACAAAGCACUUCAUUUUUCAUUUAGGUAUUGUUUUGCAUCAUGUUUUUGUGUUAUAUUAUUUCGCUGCUAAAUUAGGUAAAGGAAAGGUACCAGUAGAUCUUGAAUGGACUCAUGGUCUUGAGAAAUACUGGAGCAGAUUUUUAACUAUCUGGAACUUUGAAAUACAGACAUUUCACUUCGCUCUUUGUGUUGCCCAAGAUGUACUAGAGCUGGAGUCAAAUAACUACUUGCAACAGGUCAAACACUAUGUAAGGAAAGUGAACAAUUACACUUUCAGGACGUUUGUAUUUCCAUUAUCACUUAUUGUGACAUUGGUAUUCUGGACUAUAUAUUCAAUAGAUCGUGAACUCAUAUUGCCUAAAGCACUGGACGCCUUUUUGCCUCUUUGGUUAAAUCAUGCACUGCACACAAAUAUUACUGUUGCUGCAUUUACUGAGAUGUUAAUAACAUUUCACUGGUAUCCUGCGUCACGACGGACUACUGUGUAUGGUAUUGCAGCAAUUACGGUGGCUUAUGGUGUAUGCUUUUUCUCUACAUACUACUAUGAUGGAAGAUGGCUCUAUCCAAUAUAUGGAGUUUUGGACUGGACCCAGCGUAUUUGUUUCUCAGCUGUAAUAUUUAUAGCAUGGAUACUGAUGUCUUUGUUUGGUGAAUAUCUGAAUUCGCAAAUAUGGGGCCAUGAAAUACAGAAGAUGAAAGCAAAGGAUUUGUCAAAACAAAAGAAACACAGAUAGAGUUCCAAACACAAUUUUAUUAUUGUGAACAACUUUACAAAUGACACAAAAUUGUAGCAGUAAUUGACCAGUUCCAUUUCUGAUAUUUCAAAUUUAAUAUGUGAUUACUUUGUUAAUUCUUAAGGUAUCCUUGCUGUUAUUGUUGUGGAUUUUAUUGGAUUUAAGAAGCAACUUAUGUUAUGAAUGUACAAAUGUGGAGAGGUGGAAAUAAGAGAUACAACAGUUUUCUUCCAUAGACUUGUU